AUGGCAAAGAGUGAGGAAGAUCUCAACCAACCCCAGAGUAGCCCCAGGCCCCUAGAGGGAGAUGAAGGUCACCAACAAGCGGCGUUGUCUAGCCCUAAGUCGCAGAGUAUCGGUCAUUGUGGGCAGAGUAUCGGUCAUCGUGGGCAGAGUAUCGGUCAUCGUGAGCAGAAUAUCGGUCAUCGUGGGCAGAAUAUCGGUCAUCGUGGGCAGAAUAUCGGUCAUCGUGGGCAGAAUAUUGGUCAUCGUGGGAAGCAGAUUCUCAGUUGCAAGUCGAGGACAGUCGGUCAAGUGUCAGGGUCGAGGAGCAGUUUUUCAUGCGAUGAAUGCAGGAAGGAAUUCACCCAACGUCAGGCAGUUCAUUACCACAAGAUCUGGAAACACAGCGGAGAGAGGCGCGGGCCAUGUCCUUACUGCGAGUACAAGGCGCCCGAUGCCACUAAACUUAAGCUCCAUAUUAACAAAGUUCACUGUGGGUUUAUGCCUUACAAGUGCAAGUUCUGCUCCAAACAGUUCAAGUGCCACUCCAACCAUAAGGAACACGAGGCGAGACACCGGGGCGACAGGGACUUCGAGUGCGACUUGUGCGGGAUGAAGUUCGCCAUCGGGUCGUCCUUGGAGCGUCACGCGCGUAACCACGGCGCGGACCGGCCAUUCUCCUGCGAUCGUUGCGGCAAAACCUUCAAGGCCAAGACUCAUUUGGAGAGGCACGUUAAAUGUCUGCACCUACAGGAGAAGAAGGUGGUGUGA